AUGCUGCCUUACCUGUUCCCUGAGCUGUCCACCUUUGCUACAGUUGCCGAUCUCAUCACCCACCUUCGCACUAGUGAUGCUCGCCUGCGUGCCGCCCUUCCCACCGAGUUCUGCGCUAAGAACCCCCCCUCCACUCUCACAGUCGCCCUCCUAGAGGAGCAGCUGCUAGCGGCCGAGAAGAGCAUUGUAGCUGUCGGUGCUGCUCGUGGCGCUCCUCGCACCCCCAUCUUUGAGGGGUGUUCUCCCUCUCCCCUCGCUCCCUCCUACGCUACUGCUGCUGCUGUUGACUUCCUUGGUGCUGAGUCUGCUGGCGCUGCUUCUGCUCCUGGUGGGAGGCGCCGCACCGGCAAGGGCAAGGGGGGCAAGGGUGGCGGGGGUGGCGCUGGGGGGGGAGGAGGUGGGGGAGGUGGGGGGGGAGGCGGUGCUGGAGGGAGCGGUGGCGGGAGUGCCGGUGGGAGUGGGGUCGGCAGCGGAGGCGGGGGCGGCGGAGGGAGCGGUGGCGGUGGUGGCGGCGGCGGCGGUGGCGGCGGCGGCGGCGGUGGCGGUGGCGGCGGUGGCGGUCGGAGCGGAGGUAGUGGUGGCGGCGGAGGUCGGAGUGGAGGCACUGGCUCGGGCCAGAGCUCCCACCAGCAGCAGCGUCCCCAGACGACCCAGCAGCUUCGUGAGUGGCUUACUCAGCGUGGGACGUCGGGGGGCAGUGGCCGCUGUUCCUAUGUCAUUCGCACAGGUGACCGCAAGGGACAGACGUGUGGGAGGUUCCACACCCCGUACCGCUGCUUCUCCCGCCUUGACGACGCUUGGCGUGAGGAGAUGGGCGAGGAUGUUGAGCGCCCCCGCUGGGCUGAGCUGAUGAGGGCUGGUGUUGAUAUCUUUGCUCUUGACUAUGAUGCUAUUAUUGCUGCCAUGUAUGCAUUGACUGUUAGUGCUGAGGGAGACUGUUACUUGUGUGUGCCGCCUGACCCAGGUAUAGAGCCCGCUGCCCUGGGUACUAGUGAGUCUGCUCUCUCUGGUCUGGUGCCCUCUGUGGCUGCUCCCUCCAGUACUGUCCCUACUGCUUGUGAGUCUGCUCUCUCAGGUACAGCACCCACAGAGACUGCUCUCUCAGUCCUUGCACGGUCCACCACUGUGCUCCCGUGUCCGGCGGUUCCGUCUGGCUCGUUGUCGGGUUUCCACCUCCCCUCGUUCUCGACGAACCUGGUGAGCAACGCUGUCAUCCAGGAUCAGUGGGUUGACACCUUUACUCCUGGAGGACAGCGUGUGGCGAUCCUCACGUGCUCCAGGACUGGCCGUCACCUGGCUACGUUUACCCGUCAGCCGGGGUCGAGUCUCUACACACUGUCCACUGCGUCUCCUCAGGUCGCUGCUGUCGGUCAGGUGUCCGCGUCAGGUCUGGUAGCCCACGCCUGUGAGUGUCGUUCCCUGUCGCACCAGACUCUUCUCUGGCACCACCGCCUGGGUCACCCCUCCUUGCCACGCCUCCGUGGCAUGCACCGUCGCCACCUUGUGUCUGGUCUUCCCAGGUCCCUCCCUCCCCUCCCUGCCUCGCCUGCGCCGCCUUGCCUUCCUUGCGUCGAGGGGCGGCAGCGCGCCGCUCCUCACUCCUCCUCGUUUCCCCCGACAAAGGCUCCUCUGCAGACCCUCCACCUGGACGUGUGGGGCCCAGCCCGCGUUCGUGGCCAGGGCGGUGAGCGGUAUUUUUUGCUGGUUGUCGACGACUACUCGCGUUACACCACGGUCUUCCCCUUGCGCACCAAGGGUGAGGUCCCUGCUGUUCUGAUCCCUUGGAUCCGCACAGUUCGUCUCCAGCUCCGCCGCCGUUUCCGGACAGAUCUUCCUGUCCUGCGUCUGCACUCUGACAGAGGUGGUGAGUUCUCCUCCGACCUCUUGAGGACCUUCUGUCAGGCAGAGGGCAUCGAGCAGACCUUCAUGCUUCCGGACUCCCCACAGCAGAAUGGGGUUGCUGAGCGCCACAUUGGCCUGGUCAUGGAGGUCGCUCGUACCUCCUUGGUCCACGCGGCGGCUCCCCAUUUUCUGUGGCCGUUUGCUGUCCGGUACGCCACGCAUCAGCUCAACCUCUGGCCCCGUGUCUCCUUGCCGGAGACCUCGCCCACACUGCGUUGGACGGGGGAGGUUGGCGAUGCGUCGCGCUUCCGGGUGUGGGGUGCUCGUGCCCUUGUCCGCGAUACGUCCGCGGACAAGCUCUCCUCCCGCACGCUUCCCUGUGUCUUCCUUGGCUUUGUCCCUGACGCGCCUGGCUGGCAGUUUUACCACCCCACCUCGCGCCGGGUCUUCGCCUCUCAGGACGUCACCUUUGACGAGUCGGUCCCUUUUUACCGUCUCUUCCCCUACCGCACUGCCCCCCUCCCUCCCCCGCCGCUUUUCCUCGCUCCUGGUCCCCCUCCGGUAGACCCCCUUCCCCCUCAGGGUCCUGCUCCUUCAGGUGUCUCUCAGGUAGACCCUCCUCCCGUCGCUGAGCCUGUCGAGGUCACAGGUGACUCAGGUGCUGCUGCAGGUGGUGCUGCUGGGAGUGCUGAGCCUGGGGGUGCUGAGCCUGCGGGUGCUGGGCCUGGGGGUGCUGCGGCUGCGGGUGCUGGGACUGAGGGUGCUGGAGCUGAGGGUACUGUGCCUGAGAGUUCGGAGCCUGGGGGUGCUGAGCCUGGGGGUGCUGCGACUGGGGGUGCUGAGCCUGCGUGUACGGAGUCUGGGGGUGCUGCGCCUGGGGGCACUGAGCCUGGGGGUACUGCGACUGAGCCUACGGAGCCUGGGGUUGCUGCGUCUGGGGGUGCUCCGGUUCGGGGUGCUGAGCAGUCUCUCACACCGCAGCAGCUUCGUGACUGGUACGUCCGGCGCUUUCGCCGUCCUCGUGGCCCUGCUGGAGUUGGCGGUUCUGGAGCUGCUCGUCCUGGAGGUGCUCGUACUGGAGGUACUGGAGCUGCCGGGACUGGCUGUUCUGGGAGCACUGAGGCUGGAGCUGCUGGAGCUGGGGACUCUGGAGCUGGCGGUGCCAGCGGAGUUGGAGCUACCGGCUCUGGGGGUGCUCUUCCUGGCGGUACUGGAGCUGCUGGAGCUGACGGUUCUGGAUACGGUGGUCCUGCUGGUUCUGGAGGUGCUGGCGAGGGGAGGUCUGACGCUGCUGGGGCCUCUGGUGCUGACGUCGCCGACUCUGGGGGUGCUGCGGCGGAGGGUGCUGGUCCUGGUGCUUCUGGUGCUGCGGGUGCUGGAGGUGCUGGCGGAGCUCCGCCGUCGCGCCUGUUCUUCGCUCCUCCGUCACCGUCGGCUUUGCCACCGCCUGACACGGUGCUUCGCCAGGUUCUUUCCCUCCCGUCUUCCACUGGCCUUCCCCUCCAGCCUGGCUCCCCCCUCCCUGCUCCUGUGCCUUACACUGCGCAGCCGGACUCGCUUACGGAGCGUCGUGAGCCUGCGUCUCGUCCUGCCUCGCCUGAGGUAUCGGCACGACCGCCCACCAUGGGAGCGUACAAGUACGUGUCGGAGCUAUGGAAGAAGAAGCAGUCAGACGUCAUGCGCUUUCUGCUGCGCGUGCGCUGCUGGGAGUACCGCCAGCUGCCCUCCAUCAUCCGCGUCUCGCGACCCACUCGCCCUGACAAGGCUCGCCGCCUCGGAUACAAGGCCAAGCAGGGCUAUGUGGUGUACCGCGUGCGCGUGCGCCGUGGCGGCCGCAAGAAGCCCGUCGCCAAGGGUAUCGUGUACGGCAAGCCGAAGAGCCAGGGCGUGACGCAGCUCAAGUUCCAACGCAACAAGCGCGCCGUCGCGGAGGAGCGCGCUGGUCGCCGCCUGGGGGGGCUGCGCGUGCUCAACUCCUACUGGGUCAACCAGGACUCGGCAUUCAAGUACUACGAGGUGAUCCUGGUGGACCCGCACCACCAGGCCAUCCGCAACGACGCGCACAUCAACUGGCUGUGCCGCCCCGUCAUGAAGCACCGUGAGCUGCGCGGCCUCACGUCCGCCGGGCGCCACCACCGCGGGCUGCUGCGUAAGGGCCACAAGAGCACCAAGAACCGCCCCUCCGUGCGCGCCUUCUGGAAGCGCAACACCAUGCUCUCGCUGCGACGCUACCGGUAG